GAACACUGGCUCGCGCUUGGCCCGGACAGUUCAGCUUCCGAACACAGGGACAGCUCCUAGGUGCUGAAAUUGUCGCGGCUCUGAACGAACCGUCUUCUACAGUAAAAAAUUAUUUAUAUAAAAACAUAGCCUGAUAUAUAAACGAGGAAAAGCCACUGACUGACACGAAGCCUUCGAAGCAGAUGGCUGCCACUCAGGGGACCACUCAAGGGAAGGAGGGCGGGGACCAGAACUUUGACUACAUGUUCAAACUGCUGAUCAUUGGCAACAGCAGCGUGGGUAAAACCUCCUUCUUGUUCCGCUAUGCUGACGAUGCCUUCACCUCAGCUUUCGUCAGCACCGUGGGCAUCGACUUCAAAGUCAAGACCGUCUACAAGAACGACAAGAUGAUCAAACUGCAGAUCUGGGACACGGCAGGACAGGAGCGGUACCGGACCAUCACUACUGCAUACUACCGCGGAGCCAUGGGCUUCAUCCUUAUGUAUGACAUCACCAAUGAGGAGUCCUUCCAUUGUGUGCAGGACUGGUCGACCCAGAUUAAGACCUAUUCGUGGGACAACGCCCAGGUGGUGCUGGCUGGGAACAAGUGUGACAUGGAGGAGGAGAGGGUGGUGGCUGCAGACAGUGGGAGACAGCUGGCAGAACAACUGGGUUUUGAGUUCUUUGAAACAAGUGCCAAGGACAACAUCAAUGUCAAGCAGACCUUUGAGCGCCUCGUUGACAUCAUCUGUGACAGGAUGUCCGAGAGCCUGGACACUGAUCCUGCCGUUACCACGGGAACGCCUAGCACCAAACUGACAGACAGCGCCCCGCCCCUCCAGCAGCCCGCCUGUAACUGUUAGUGGCUCCUCCCACUCCCUCUGUUGCCAAGAUACCCAGUCCCUUAGAUAUAGUUUGCAUCCCAAAUGGCACCCUUUCCCUAUAUAAUGCACUACUUUUGACCAGGGCCCAUAGGGCUCUAGUCAAAGGUAGUGUACUUUAUAGGGAAAAGGGUGCCAUUUGCGACUCAGCUGUAGUCUUAAAGUAGGGGUGCACAACUAAGGUCCUGAAUGGCUGCAGUAAAGGCAGAUUUUCCUCCUUGCCUUUUAAUCAGAGAUUGACUUGUAUAGAUACUGUAGGUGCACUCUCUGGCCAAUCAGUUACAGUAGUCCAUCAGUUAAGUGCCAGGAUGGAAGGAUACCCAGCAGGACUGCGGACUGGAGUUGUGCACCCCUGUCUUGUAGUAUUCUGAUGUGUCAUCUGACCACUUUUUAUCAUCGUACAUCAGCCUGGGUGCCAGUCUGUUUCUGUUCUCUUGCCAACUCCUUAUGGAAUUGUCAUGCCAAACAUGGCUUUGCAAUGGCAACAAUGGAGUUGGCAAGAGCACUGAUCUGUGACCAGGCAAGCAAUCAAUGUAUGUCCCUCUAUAGCUGUGUUGAGGUACACCUUUACCUAGAAACACAGAGGGUCUGAAUAUGUCUGAUGAGUAUGUCUGUGUAGGCCUAUUACAGGAUGGCUGAUGAUAUGACACUACAAACAUGCAUUAUCCUCUUUAGCUUACCUUACAACAUAAAACAUUAUGCUUGUAAAGGCUGUUAGAAUUCAAUGUGUGGUCCAUGCACUUACUGCACAAUAGCCUUCCAACUGGCUUCAAAGACUUGUAAUCUAAUUCUAAACGAACCCAUAGCUUUGUCAGUGUUUUUAAUGUCCAUCCUAAAACUUGCCGGACACACUUGCAGGGGAUAAAGUUUAUGCAUUUAUUAUGUUUGUGUUACAUAUUGUCUUCUGCCGCAGCCAAAAGCUAUUAUUCCGUGUACUGUAGACAAACUGGUAGGUGGUAGUUCAUUUCUGUUUGCGGUGUGUGUGUGUGUGUGUGUGUGUGUGUGUGUGUGUGUGUGUGUGUGUGUGUGUGUGUGUGUGUGUGUGUGUGUGUGUGUGUGAGUGUGGCAGUGUGAUAAAUCUCAAUAAUUUACCUUGGAUUAAAAAAAAAAAAUGUGGCCUUUUAGUAUUUCCAACAUGGCCUCUUCUCCUUUGUGCUCACCUGCCACAUUUAUUUCAUAUUUCAUGAAUAUACUACAUUGUGUCUGUGAGUACUGUAUACUGUACAUGUGUAUUUGUAUUAGUAGUCCUGAUAUGUCAUCUGAUGAGUGUCUACAUUUCUGCAAAACUGAAUAGAUCCUCUUUUCCAAGCCUUAUUAAGAAAAAUGACACAAAUGAUGUCAAAUGACCAAUAACCUAAGUUGUGUUGUUCUAACCAGACCCUUACAGUUAUCUUUACCCAAACUACAAACCAACCCUUCCCUCAUGUCCACUUCCGAAUAGAGAAAGAAAAUAAAAAAUGAACACAGCCAAGAUAUUAUAUGUUAUGACAGAUGGAUACUGAAGCCCUGAUCGAGUCUGUCUGACUGGAUAAACAUCAAUAUCCUCUGAAACAAUAUUUUUAGGGAGAAUGGUGUCAAUAUUUCAUAUACCUAAGAAAGUGCACCUUUUCCACAUCCCUGAACAGCUUAUACAUGUAAGAAUCAUGUUGUUAUUGUCUCCAUCCUUGGCUGAAGCAAAUUGUCCUUUACAUAUAGUAUGUCCUGACAGUCCUGCACCUCCCAGUAAAUAUAAUCUAUCACAUAUUAGGUGAAUAAGUACAUACAUAUGAUAUAUGUAAUUGUGGCAACAAAAAAACAGUCUGUAGUUUGUUUUGCAUCGUCUAGUGUCUUUGGAUAGAAAAUGAAAGGUUCAAAAAAGAAAAGUUGCAUGAAGACAUUGAAUUAUCUAUAUUUAUAUCUCUAAGGGUGUAUGUUAUCUAUGUUAUAGAUAUAAUUAGAAUUAAGUGCAUCCUCAUAGCUUUGGCUGUGUGAUGCAAUGGGCCAACAAGUGCAAUAAUUUAUGAAUUUAUUCCUGUACAUAGUCCUUCUAGUACAGUAUAUCUGCAGUUGUGUGACUGGUCUAAUGUUGGUGUUGUACUGUAGUACACUGCAAGCAUCACACACACACUAAGUGUGUGUGUAUUGUGUGUGUGUGUGUGUGUGUGUGUGUGUGUGUGUGUGUGUGUGUGUGUGUGUGUGUGUGUGUGUGUGUGUGUGUGUCUGUGUGUGUGUGUGCUUUAUCUGGGAUUUGCAGUGAGGUGAAGUAGUGUGUGUGUGUGUUUAUUACUUAUUGUAUGUGUGUACCUUUUCUACUAAUGUAUUCAUGCACUAUAUACCGUUCCUGCUAGCUAACUGUUGGUGAACUCGUACUAUACGUCAAAAUGCAGUAUUGUGGAAGAUAGUCAGGGAAAUUAGUGUAUGCCAUAUGCUGUGCUGAUAUUAAGUCUGUGUUAUAAAAAAGGGAAAUAUCUCAACUCAAACAUGAUGUUGUCUGUGUGAGAUUAUUAUUUACCUGUACAUGAAUAAUAGCCAUUACCAUGCUGAGAUUGAAACUACUAACAUCUCUACAUUCAAAUCCCCUGUCAUCUACUUCCUCAUCUGUGAUCAUGCAUAUUCAUGACCUCCGCUAUUCAGUCCACUGGGCACAGACGUCAGUUCAACGUCUAUUCCACGUUGGUUCAACAUAAUUUAAUUGAAAUUACGUGGAAACAACAUUGAUUCAACCAGUGUGUUCCCAGUGGGAGGUGAAAAGCCACUCUAUGUUGUUACUGAUGAAGGCUUAAGAAUAACAAUAAUCAUUAUUAAUUGUACUUAUGAAGUGCUUUUGAAGAACUUGAAGAGGCUUGCUCGCACUCUCAUAUGCUCGCACUCUGAUCACCUCAUUAAAGUGUGGACUGACAUUAAACUGGAUAUAUUAUUUGUACCUUCAAGUGCAAGCAAGCAAUGUACAAACUAUGUUUUUGAGAUGACAGCAAAUAAACAAAUUGUAUUAA